ACAAGUUCAGUUUGUGCUGAAACACUUUAUUUGCUUAGAAGGAAAUAACAGAAAUAGUUUAGGUCUAAAGAGUGGCUGGAGGAACAAACUGCUGAAGGUGUGAAGUGAUUUAAAUGCCUUAAAAUAACGUCAGUAACUUUUGCUUCAAAUACAAACAGUGUGAUCCUAUUUUCUCAUGUUUGUAAAAGUUACUGUACACAAGAAAGUUGAAUGAUGGAGCAUAAUUUGAAUUUAAGCGACUCGAAAGUUAUAAAUUGGAGAGUGACCUCUGGUGUUCAGCGAAGGAACUGCAUCCUGCAGAGAUGUUCCUGGUUUAUCAGUGAAGCAGGAAGAGAAGCAGCGUUAGAAACCAUCAGCAGCUCAGGAUGAAGGUCUGUCUCUCUCUGAUCUGCCUCCUCUUCCUCAAGCUGCAGGAUGGAAACGCUGUGAGGAGGGAAACUGGAGUAGAAGGAGGAAACAUCGCAGUUACUUGUCCAUUUCUCCUCUCUGGAAGCAGGAAGUUUGUUUGUAAAGAUAAGUGUGGAGGAGAAAAUAUUCUGAUUGAAACAACCAACAACACAGCUGAGAGAGGAAGAUACAGUGUUAAAUACGAAAGAAACAUCAUUAUAUUCAAGGAUUUUCUUUAUUUUACCAUCAAAGACCUGAAAAAGUCGGACUCAGGACGGUACAGGUGUCGCUUGGAUGAAACUUGGACUGGAACCCGAUAUGAAGAUUUUGAGCUGGUUGUGAAUGAAGGAACCCCUGGUUCUGUUUCAGUGUUUACAACUUCAACAACUACAGAACCAAACUGGACUCUGCAAACUUUUACAACAUCAACAGUUCUCCCAACAUCCUUCAGAACAGCAUCAGUCCAGAGUUCCUCUCCUCCAUCUUCCUCUAAAACCAUCCAGGCUCCUGCAGCUCCAGGUCUGUUACUUCCUGUGGUUCUGGUUCUGGCAAUCCUGAUCAUAACGUUAGCUGUGGCUCUGCUGAAUUUCUUUCAGAAGAAGCACUUUGGGCAAAAAAAAGGCCCUUUAGUGAAAACAGAAUAUUCUGACCCCACAAAGGUCAGUACAGUGUAUGAUGAGAUCAGACUGGAGGAGAGGGAAAACGAAACGCCUCCUCAGGAAAAAUCUCCAGUUUAUUCUCUGGUCAGAUCCUGUGAACCAAAUAGAGCUGACCUGUACAGCCUCGCCGGAUGUCCAAAGAACGACGUUGAAGUUGACGCUGUGGAUUACGCUGAAGUGCAUUUUCCUACAAACACCACCACCUCCUCCAACAGCGCCCCCUGUGGCCAUGCGGUUAAUGUCACCUGCUCUGAACCUCUGUCAGCCGUGGGAUCUGCCAACCUGAGCGAUGAUUCAUCUGCUCUUUAUUCCAACGUGACUUGCUGUGGAUAAUCAGAUAGUUUAUAUGAUUAGCUUUGAGCUAACAGAAGCAAAAACAACAACAAAUCAACAGUAAGCUGGCUACGUAUUCAUGUCUAGAACUGUUAUUUUGAUCUUCUUUAUCCAUCAUGAACAUUUGUAUAAACCAUAAAAGUUUUGUGUUAUUGCAGGUUUUUAUGAUUUUUAGCUCCUUUUUUACAUUUAAUAAACAUAUUUCUGAAGC